GGUCCCUCGGCGGCUCCGGCAUCCAGGGCGGCGCGGGAGGGAGGGAGGAUGAACCUGGAGCGGCUCAGGAAGCGAGUGCGCCACUACAUCGACCAGCAACAGUAUCAAAGUGCCCUGUUUUGGGCUGACAAAGUAGCCUCACUCUCUCAUGAGGAACCACAGGAUAUCUACUGGUUGGCUCAAUGUCUUUACCUAACAGCUCAGUAUCACAGGGCAGCACACGCCCUUCGAUCACGGAAGUUGGAUAAGUUGUAUGAGGCAUGUCGCUACCUUGCAGCUAGAUGUCAUUAUGCUGCAAAAGAGCAUCAACAGGCCUUGGAUAUUCUUGAUAUGGAGGAGCCAAUCAACAAACGGCUUUUUGAAAAGUACUUGAAGGAUGAAACUGGAUUGAAAGAUUCUGCUACAGACUGGGAGAUGUCACAGUCCUCAAUCAAGAGCUCUAUAUGCCUUUUACGAGGGAAGAUCUAUGAUGCUUUGGACAAUAGAACCCUGGCAACUUACAGCUACAAAGAGGCCUUGAAGCUUGAUGUUUACUGCUUUGAAGCAUUUGAUCUUUUAACGUCACACCAUAUGCUGACAGCACAAGAAGAAAAAGAACUCCUUGAAUCUCUACCUCUUAAUAGACAAUGUACGGAAGAAGAAAAGGAGUUGCUUCACUUUUUAUUUGAGAAUAAAUUGAAAAAGUAUAAUAAACCCAGUGAAACGCUGAUUCCUGAAUCAGUAGAUGGUCUUCAGGAAAACCUGGAUGUGGUAGUAUCCUUAGCAGAAAGGCAUUAUUACAACUGUGACUUCAAAAUGUGUUACAAGCUUACUUCAGUAGUGAUGGAAAAAGAUCCCUUUCAUGCAAAUUGUUUACCUGUGCAUAUAGGGACACUUGUGGAGCUUAACAAAGCAAAUGAGCUUUUCUAUCUUUCUCACAAAUUGGUGGACUUGUACCCAAAUAAUCCUGUGUCAUGGUUUGCAGUAGGAUGCUAUUAUCUCAUGGUUGGCCACAAAAAUGAACAUGCUAGAAGAUAUCUCAGCAAAGCUACUACACUGGAGCGAACCUAUGGCCCUGCAUGGAUAGCAUAUGGACAUUCAUUCGCAGUGGAGAGUGAGCAUGACCAAGCAAUGGCUGCGUACUUCACAGCUGCACAGCUCAUGAAAGGGUGUCAUUUGCCUAUGCUCUAUAUUGGACUGGAAUAUGGGUUGACCAACAACUCCAAGUUGGCUGAACGGUUUUUCAGCCAAGCUUUGAGCAUUGCACCUGAAGAUCCUUUUGUUAUGCAUGAAGUUGGAGUGGUAGCAUUUCAAAAUGGAGACUGGAAAACUGCAGAAAAGUGGUUCCUUGAUGCACUGGAGAAAAUCAAAGCUAUUGGAAAUGAGGUAACAGUUGAUAAGUGGGAGCCUUUAUUGAACAACUUAGGACAUGUCUGCAGAAAACUCAAGAAGUAUGAAGAAGCACUGGAAUACCAUCGCCAGGCUCUGGUAUUAAUCCCUCAGAAUGCUUCUACUUACUCUGCCAUUGGCUACAUACACAGCCUCAUGGGCAAUUUUGAAAGUGCCAUUGACUAUUUCCACACGGCCCUUGGUCUCAGGCGGGAUGACACAUUUUCGGUCACAAUGCUUGGACACUGCAUAGAAAUGUACAUUGGUGAUUCUGAAGCCUAUAUUGGAACAGAGAUCAAAGACAAAUUAAGAUGUUAUGACUUCGAUGUACACACAGUGAAGACAUUAAAGAACAUAAUUUCACCUCCCUGGGAUUUCAGAGAAUUCGACAUAGAAAGACAAACUCUGGAUGAAAGUGGCAUAGUAACACUAGAGACAUCAAAUCAAAGGAAAAGUACAGAUACCAGUCGCCCAUUGGAAGAAACAUUUGAGAUUGAAAUGAAUGAAAGUGAUAUGAUGUUAGAAACAUCAAUGUCAGACCAUAGUACGUGACCAUAAAGACUGGUAGAGAGCUCA